AAUACCAAAGUGUGGCCCAGGUUGGUAUCAGUCGAACUACAGCUGCCAAAGCAUUCCAAUUUUGAGUUUUUGGUGAAUACUCGUGAGCAUUUAUUUCAUUCUUUGAAAAUGAAGUCCUUCUGCAUCUUCGCCGCUGUGUUAGUUGCUGUUGCAGCUGAAAGCUACCCUGAGUGGUACAUCCAGCAGGGGAGGUACAGGCGCGACGUGACCCUUGACCAUAAGGUCGGUACCAACGGACGCGUCUUCGGAACACUUGGACAGAAUGAUGCUGGUCUGUUUGGCCGCGGCGGCUACGAGCAUAACAUCUUCGACGACCACCGUGGCAAGUUGGACGGACAGGUGCACGGCACCAGGGUCCUCGGGCCAUAUGGUGACUCCAGCCAUAUGGGGGGAGGCCUCAACUGGCAGAACUCUAACGCUGCCGCCUCCCUGGACUACAACAAACAGAUUCAUGGACCAUCUUCGUUCAACGCAGCCGCUGGAGGCAAAUGGCCAGUAGGUAAAAAUGGCGACUUCUCCCUCCAAGGAACCUACGGCAAAACAUCGGGCAUGCGUCACGACUAUGGAGGCCGGGGUGUCUUCAACUACCGUUGGUGAAGAAAUUAAAU